UACUAAACCUUCUCAAAUCACCAACUUACAAAUUCAAUUAUAUUUCAUUACUACUUUAGAAAAAGCCCUCAUUAAUCAACAAUUUUACCCUUGUUACUAACACCAAGCACUAAAGUUUGCAAAAAAAUUAAACUCCUCAUGGAAAUGAUGAAGGGUGUCAUAGUAUUAGCAAUUUCUUUGAUGGUGCUAGAUUUAGGAGCUUAUGCACAAGUUCCUACUUCCCCUUGCACAUCCUCGAUGCUUUCGAGCUUUACUCCUUGCGUAAACUACCUUACCAACAGCAGUGGCACCGGAUCUUCACCAACAACCGAUUGUUGCAACUCAUUAAGGAAUCUUAUGAGCAAUGGCACUGACUGUAUUUGCCAAAUUGUGACCGGGGGUGUUCCUUUCCGUCUUCCUAUCAACCGGACCACGGCUAUUUCCCUCCCUAGGGCCUGCAAUCAACCUGGGGUUCCACUUCAGUGCAAAGCUUCUCCUGGUGCUCCAGUUCCUGCUCCAGGUCCGGUUGCCUUUGGCCCAUCUGCCUCCCCUGCAUCAUCCAUCUCUCCUAGUCCCGUCGGUACAGUUCCUACAUCUGAUACACCAGCACUAGCUCCAGUUUCAGACGCGAAUCCAACAUUGACUCCACCAUCUACAGUAGAAGGUGGUUCUCUGCCACCAACAUCAACAAGUACAGGAACGGGUUCUGGUUCUUCUCUCAACCCCUCGGAUUCAGCUGCAAUGCCUUCUCUGAGCAUUUCACCUGCUGUCUUGCUUUCGGCAGUUGCUGUCAUGAUGAUGAAGUACUUCUAGAUUAUUUUCUGAUUUAUCCACUGUUAUGUAAUAUAUGGAUGAGGAUUAUUCUUUUGAGAGUUGUGAUUAUUUGUUUCGGGUGUGUUUUCUUUUUCUUGUAUUGUAAGGUUGAUUGUUUAUCAGGAAAUAUUUAUGUACAUGUUUUUGUGAAAUAAAAUUUUAUUUUGUGUCCU